GGCGGAGGCGGAGGUGGAGGUUUUGUUUGGAUGGAGAGGCGGGUGGUGGCUCCGGCGCUCGCCCUUCAGUGACGGGGAUGGCGGCGGUGGCGAGUGAGGCGGAGAGAGCGGUCCUGGAGGAAGAAUUUAAAUGGUUACUGCGAGAAGAGGUUCACGCUGUCCUUAAACAGCUGAAGGAUGUUUUGAAGGAGGCUUCCCGACGUUUUACUCUGUCAGCUACUGGUCCUGAAGGUCAAACCAGACAGGAGAACUUCAAACUGGGAAGCUCAGCAACUGACCAGGUGAAGGGCGUCCUUACAUUGCAGGGAGAUGCAUUGACUCAGGCUGACAUUAACCUGAGACUGCCAAAACACAAUCAAGUUUUGCAUUGUACCUUCAGGGAGGACAAACAAUGGAAACUGCAGCAGAUUCAGGAUGCCAGGAAUCAUGUUGGACAGGCCUUGUACCUUCUCAACAGCAGAGAUCAGACUUAUCAGUUCAAAAGUGGCGCAGAGGUCACCAAGCUCAUGGAUGCAGUAAUGUUGCAGCUAACCCGUGCUCGCAAUAGACUGACCACGCCUGCAGCAAUGACACUCCCAGAAGUAGCCUCCAGCAGUUUGAUGAAAAUGUUCACACCACCUCUUCCCGGCGAUGUCUUUGCGAACUUCUACAUUAAUCUGAGUAAACUUUGUUUGAUUGUGUACCAGCUCCAUCUUCUGCAGCCCAAUUUGAAUAAGAAUUUCAAACCUGCCGGGAGCUCUGUGCUGCACAACCCAGGAUCCAUGUUUGAAAUUAACAACCAGAAAUUUGAAGUUAGCCACGUGCACAAAGUGGAGUGUGUGGUUCCUUGGCUAAAUGAUACCCUUGUUUUCUUCACUAUCGCACUGCAGCUUUGUCAGCAACUGAAGGAUAAGAUUUCUGUAUUUUCCAGUUACUGGAACUUCAAACCCUACUGAGCCUGAGCAACAGUUUAAGUGAAGAUCAGUCUGCACAUUGUGACCACUCCUGCCCCAGCUCCCAGUCUGUCUACUGUAGAUGUUGUCUGUAAAUAUUUUGGGGGCAGUAUGCUUACACUUCAGAAAUUAAGUUACACACUACAUUUGUACCCCCCCAUCCUGGAUGUUCAUGUUUUAAAAACAUUAACUCCCUUUGUAGAGCCUGAGCUGGCGAUAUUGGAAAUGAAUUAGAAAACAGAUCCAACCUUGAGCUUUGAAUCCUGCAGUCAGCUAUAUGACAGAAGUUGUUGUUCAAGUAUUAACGUUAGUGAAGAUGUGGUUCACAGCUCCGAAAGGCAGUUGGUCACAAAUAUAUUGAAGUAGAAACAAUGGUUUCUCCAGAGCCUCUCUGAUUUUGCGUUGAGCACUUUCAAUCGUUUCCAAGUUGCAGGCCACGUGGAAUAAAGGAGAGAAAAUUAUCUCACCCUGGAGCUUAAUGUUCAAGCACUGAAGCUAAUCUAUUCAACCCCUUUAAGUCUGGAAAUCAAAGAACAAAAGCUCUACAUUAUACCUCUUGGUGGACCAGCCCCAACAUUCUUGAAUUAUGUUUUUGUUUGUGGGAUCCCCUCUCUUACCCCUCCCAGAGAUUUCCUUUUUCAGAAAGAAAAGAAAGAUCAGAGUAUAAACAGAUCAUCCUUUUCAGUUUGUGCGUUAAAUUACUGUGGCAUUAAUUAGUUUUGAAUUUGUGCUGGUCAUAAAUUAGUCGAUCCAUUGUUUGUGAUUGCUUUAUCAGAAUAUCUUGUGACUAGAUUAUUUUUGCAUCAGACUUUAUAAACCAGCGAUUACGUAUUUGUCUUUUAAUGAUUCAACAACUUAGAAUGAACAAAAAUGAAAAAAAAACACUGAACACAACUUAAUUUGUGCAAAUAUUUAACUUCUAAGCUGUAUUGGCAAUGUUGUAGUUUAACUAAAUAUGUAUUUCCACCAAUUUAAGUGAGAGUCCUUCAUGUGCGUGGAGUAUCUGACCAGCAGUUUCCAUCCCUUUGUGUCCGUAACCACAAGAUUACAAUAUAAAUGACACUGCAGUAAUUGGAAUUAAAACUGCAUAGUUGAACUGCACUGCGUUAACAAAGGAUGGAGGAAAUGGGUUCAGCGUGUAUGACAAAGCUUUGUACAUUGUUGAAAAUAUAAUCAGUUCCAUUCAUCUAAAAGGACAUGGUUUUAAGAUGUAUGAAGAGUUUCAAUCAGAUUCCAUUGUACAGAACAUAGUGUUAUUGUGUAUCCCCUCUAGAUGAAUUAUGGAUAGUAUUGGUAUGCUGUUAAUAUUAAACAGUGUUUAUGUUUCGGCUGCAUGUAUCUGCUGUAUUUGGACAAUAAUUCAUUGUUCAUGUUGGUGAGAUAAGACAACUGGUAUUUCAACUGUUUGUGAAAGUGAUAUUAAUUUUGAAACCACCAUUCAGAACUUGAAUAUUGCAUUCCAGUAGAUUGCAGCAUCUUAAAGUGAAGGUUUUGCUGAAACUUGACUUUUUUUUUUGAAACCUAACCCCACACACCUCUGAUCCAUGCAUCCUUUGCCUCCUGCACAAAAUUUGCCUCCUUUUCCUUUGUCUUGAGACUUGAGAAUAUCCAAAAUCAAGCCUGUUUGAUCUGACUGAAGUCUGACAUGGUGUGGAGUAAUACUUGUUAGAAAUUAACUUCAGUAUUCAAAAAAUAAUUCAAAGGGACACAAUUUGAAAACCAUCAUCUUAAUACUGUCAUAAUCACUGAUCAAGUUGAGCAUUGUUCAAGCUGUCUUAAUAUUUCCACCAACUAAGGUGAUUGUUCUCUGCUGUAUUUUUAGUGUCUGGUAAAUGUUCCAACCAACAUUUCUAGAAGGCAACAAUAUUUAAUAAUCCUACAGAGUUUUACGUGGUCGUUGUAAUUAAAAAAGCAACAUUGGAAAGUCCUGCAUUCCUCUUGUUGUGUAAAAUGGUGUGAAACACUCAUGGCAGCCAGUUCCUUGACUUGCACAGUAUUUAUCACACACCAGUCUCGGAGUAACCUUCUCACAUGCUUCCCUAUCCCAGUGGGAGCAAGGCUGCAGUCAUGUUGCACAAAGGUGGACGCACAUGUUGCCUCAGUCUGUGAGAUUAUCUGCAACUUCUGGUUUUUAUUACUGGAGGAAAAAGUAGUCCUUCACUUCCCUGCACUGUUUGAUAAGAAGUGGUAGUACAGAGCCCGGUUGGAGUGCAUUGAGCCCUAGGGCAACGUUUAAGACCCCUAAUCCAGAACCUUGUGGGAAAGCUCUUCUAAUGGAUUUGGGGAUCACCGGUAAGGCCCGGAUUUGUUGCGCAUCGCUAACUUCACUUGAGAAGUUGGUGAGCCUUCAACUGCUGUCCAUUUGGUAUCUAUUGCGUUUCUUGUGCAUAUGCCUGACUUGUUAGGCCAUUGCAGAAGCCAGUUAAGGGUAACCUGAAGAAGUCACAUGUAGGCCAGACUUCCUUCCCUAAACCAGUGGCAGUUGAUAAUAGCUCUGAGACUAAGGUUUGAUUCUUGAAUUAAAACUCAAUUUAAUUACUCAAUCAAUUCCCAGCUGCCAUAAUGGGGUUUGUACCAACAUCCCCAGCCCACUUACUUGUGCCUCUUGGAUUACCUGUGAGGAACAAUGCUGUAGCAUCGUCCUCAGUCCUCAUUACUUGUACCAAAGUUGUACUUUUCAACAAAACAUCAUGCAGAGUGGAUUGAUGAGAGUGUGACGUAAGUCAGUUGGCUUCUUCAAAGCUCCACCCUAUGAGUGAAGUAAGUCAGAACAGAUGAGAAUGUGCUGCAUGAGUGCUUACCUUUUUAAAAAGCUGUGAUGUCUUCCAGUAUCAUGUAAUUUGAAUGCAAUAUGCUAAAUGUCAAUUCAGUUCAAUUCCUGUCAUCAGUCUCAAGUAGAAAUGUGCAUAUGUUUUCAUGUUUGCUCAAGAUGUAAUGAUGUGACUGAGACCAAUUCUAUUUAACGACCUUAAAUUAUUCAAUGUUUUGUGGACCAAGGAAAU